GGUCCAAGCCAUCAUCAUAGGUCUGGCUCACGAGAGUCUGAGGAAAUGUUAAGCACAUUCCUAGUUAUAGUCACCCCAGCGGCAGCCCGGUAACAUCAACCUCACUAUCAGCUUGCUGUAUUUGAGGGAGAGGCACCACCAGUGAUUUGUACUGGAGAGUCGGUUCAAGCUGUUGUGAUAUUCUAGCACACGCCUGGGGGACACUGAGAUACCGAACACUUCAAGGCUAUCUACUGCUGAAAGAUAAAAGCUGCGAGAACACUAUAAUAUUUCCCUACUUCCUAUUACUCUUGCUAACGCCAGCGUUGCUAUCAUCGUGAACACGAUGUUCAUCUUGCUGCUAGUUGUUUCUCUCGUUUCAUUGAUUGACGCUACAUCCGUCUCAUCUCGCUCACAGUCAUACCCACUAUCUCAGCCCGCUGUAACUGGUCCCAAAACUAGAAUGGUCAUAGGUAAUAGACUCAUCGCUCCUGAUGGCUUCCCCCGCAACGCAAGUCUCGUUGAUGGCACAUUUCCUGGACCUUUGGUCACAGCCCAGAAGGGAGAUCACUUUGAUAUUGAGGUGGUCAACAUGCUCAAGGGUGAUGGGAUGUUCGAGUUUACCAGUGUCCACUGGCAUGGUAUUUUCCAGAAUAAGACGAACUAUGCCGAUGGGACGGCCAACGUCACACAAUGCCCCAUCAUGCCGAACCAUUCAUUUUUAUACUCUUUCUCCGCCCAGAACCAGACGGGCACCUACUGGUAUCACAGUCAUUAUUCUGUUCAAUAUUGCGAUGGUGUGAGGGGACCCCUGGUAAUCUAUGAUCCUCAAGAUCCUUAUGCAGACAUGUAUGAUGUUGACGAUGCUAGUACCGUGAUCACGCUUGCCGACUGGUAUCAUGGUGUAUCCCCCGGCUUGCGCAGCCAGGUGACUUUGGCUAAGUCUAUGCUCAUCAACGGACUCGGUCGCUCUGCUCAAAAACCCAAGGCUGAUCUCGCUGUAAUCAAUGUUGAGCAGGGAAAGCGAUAUCGCUUUCGUCUGGUUCAAAUAUCAUGUGACGCCAACGUAUUGUUCUCCAUCGAUGGCCACAACUUAACUGUCAUCGAAGCGGAUGGACAACUGACAGAAUCUCUGGUGGUAGACCAACUCCAGAUUUUUGCAGGUCAGCGCUACUCUGUGGUUCUAGUAGCCGAUCAGCCGGUGAAUAACUACUGGGUGCGCAGUAUUCCUAACUCAAAUGGUACCUACGAUGGUUCUGCCAUCCUACGAUACAAAUAUGCCCCAGAGGUCGAACCGACUACGGUCAAUACUUCAUGCAUGAACCCGUUGAAAGAGACCGAUUUGCAUGCUCUGAUCAAUCCAGGUGCUCCCGGAAAACCAGUGUAUGGUGAUGCAGAUAUCAACCUGACCCUCGAGGUUUCCUUCAAUGCCUCAAGUUUCCAGUGGUCUGUCAAUAAUGUGCCAUUCAAAUCUCCUUACGAUCCUAUCCUAUCCCAAAUUCUUAAUGAGACUGGAGAUGCUUCUCAGCUGCAAACAAAUGGGAGUGUGUACCUUAUCGAGGCCAAUAAAGUGGUAGAGUUGACGAUGAAACUAGGAAUAGCUCCAGGUGGACCUCAUCCUAUACACCUUCAUGGGCAUGCAUUUGAUGUAGUACAGAGCGCGGACAGCAGUACUUUCAACUACGCAAACCCUGUUCGGCGCGAUGUGGUCAGUGCUGGGUCCGAUGGGCAACACACGGUGAUUCGAUGGAUCACCGACAAUCCUGGCCCUUGGUUCAUACAUUGUCAUAUCGACUGGCACCUUGAUGAGGGUUUUGCCGUGGUAAUGGCGGAAAGCCCCCAAGAUACUAGCCGACAUAUAAACCCCGUGCCCGAGGAAUGGUAUAACUUAUGUCCAAUCUACCACUAUUACACGGAAGUUGAGGGAGGUUUAGAUCUUUAUUGAACAAUCCUCGAUUCUCACAUUAGUGAGGAGGACUCUAGUCCUGCUAAUAAGGAUGUUAUUUAAUG